AUGUUUCUAGGGCCAAAAAUAAUUAUCUUUGCUGAUUUCUUAGAUGUUCAUGAGUUCGAAUGUUAAACUAAUAUUUGGGAGUCAUCACUGCUUUGCAGCUUGCUGAGGAGCACCAGCUCUAAGACAGGAGGAAGAUCUGAACCUGCUAAGCAGUCACUUAAGAAACCGAAGUUACCACUAGGUCGAUUUGAUGAACCAGAGGAGUCCAGUAUAGAGAGGGAAUCCCUGGAAAAAUUCCCUGAUGGAAUCAAUCCUGCUACAAAAGAGAGAGGUGGACCUAAAGGCCCUGAACCUACACGUUUUGGAGACUGGGAGAGAAAAGGACGUUGUAUAGAUUUCUAA